UUACUCAAAAUGUGCAGGGAGAAAUGUGCAGUCUAGGGUUCCCUCCCUUCAGUGCGUAGGAGUCUAGUCUGCGAAUCACUUGUGGGUUUUAAUUGGACCGGAUUCUCCAAUUAACGGGAAUCCCUGUCAGAGAAGAAACCGGCAGCCUGCCUCUCACAUUUCUUAUAAAAGCAGACACAGUGCAGGACUCAGCAGGAUCUGGACGGAGGUUCACUCUUUCAAGGUUGAAACAGAGAACACCUGUGAAGAUGACUCCAUCAGUUCUUUCUGCUCUUCUUCUGCUGGCUUGUGCUCUCCCAUUCAAUUCUGCUCAGUCAAGCUGUAGUGGGAGAUGUGGAGGAGAGUAUUACAGAGGUUACAUGUGCCAGUGUGAUUAUGACUGUCUCACUCACGAGGAGUGCUGUAAAGACUACGAAUCCCAGUGCACCACCAGUGACUCGUGUAAAGGGCGGUGUGGCGAAUCCUUUAAGAGAGGCAGGCAGUGUGACUGUGAUCCGGACUGCGCUCGCUACAGCAAGUGCUGCCCAGAUUACAAGAGCCAGUGUGGUAUUGAAGUAUUUACCACUACAAGCACAAAACCAGCCAGUACAACACCGAAGACUAGCUCAUGCAAUAACGUAAUUGAUAACAAACCAAAAGAGCCAGAGCCUCCCCAGAUCCAGCCAAAUGAGGAGCCAGAGAUGACUCCCAAUCCACAGGAGGAACUAAAUGAAGAUGACCAGUUCAUGCCAUUGGUCACUCCAGAACCAGAACUCCAGGAUGAACAGGGAGAUGAUAUAAAGGGUGAGACCUGGCCAGAUCUCCCUGUUCCCUCUCCUGAGGCUGAGCAAGAGGCCAUUUUAGAGGGGGACUACACACCCUUCCCUGAGGAAUUGGAUCCAGAGGCAACACCAGGCCAAGAGGGGACCCCACCAGCAGAGGCCAACCUCAACCCCUACCUUGCCGAACCAGCCAAGGUGGUUCCCACUGAGACAGCAGACUCCAGUGUUCCUGAGGGACAGCCUGAUUCCAGCAGCAGCCCGUCUGCAUUAGACACAACUCCCCCUGGAUCCUUCUCUGAGCCCACCUCUGCCUCCGACCAGGUCUUCCCGAGCUCAGAGCCCCAGCCUGGGCCUACUCCUGCAGAGGACACCCUUGAACUCCUAUCUGAAGGACAGAGUGAAUUGGACCCUGAGGGUCAGGAGGCAGAAUCUGAGAACACACUGCCAAAGGACUCUGAACCCACACCCUCAAACCUAGAGAAUGCUGCCACCACACCAGCCUCCGACCCAACCUCUACCAGCCCCACACAGGGUACAGAGGAUCCUGAGGCUACCCCUGCAUCUCUAGACAGCACCACCCCCCCCACCAAGCCUGACCAGACACCCAGUGCCACUAAAGGAGAUACCCCAAGCUCAGAGCAGGACAGCUCCAAGGAGAAUGAGGCACCAGCAUCUGAGAGUGGUCCCGAAGCUAAACCUGGCAGAGGGGACACCCCAGAUAGUUUUGAUGACAGCAGUGUCCCCCAGACUGGAGAUCUGGCAACGCCUCCCACCUCAGAUCCUCAGGCCGCAUCAACAGACCCAACGGAACAUGAAGAGAAAGGAGACGAGGCCGCACCAGAGGAGACCACUACCGACCCCAUGAAGCUCACUCUCGUCCUCACCAUCAAACCCACCCCCAACAAAACCACGGAGAAACCCAAGCCCAGCAAACCCACAGGGAAACCCAAGCCCAGUCCUACACGGCCCAGCACCCUCACUGAUAUCAACCAAGAUCUGGGCACAGACAACCCCAGGGACUACCAAGCAGAUGAACACAAUGACACCAACAUCUGCAGCGGUCGUCCCGUCGGCGCGGUGACUACGCUGAGGAAUGGGACCGUGGUGGUUUUCAGAGGACACUAUUUCUGGGUGUUGGACAGCAAUAGGGUGCCUGGACCUGCCCGUGGGAUCACAGACGUGUGGGGUGUCCCUUCUCCCAUCGACACAGUCUUCACCCGCUGCAACUGCCAGGGCAAGACAUACUUCUUCAAGGGUUCUAACUACUGGAGGUUCGAGAAUGGCAUGAUGGAGCCCGGCUACCCCAAGCUGAUCAGGGUGGGCUUCGAUGGGCUGCAAGGACAGAUCACGGCUGCCCUGUCUGUGCCGGAGUACCGCAAGAGGAGAGAGUCUGUCUACUUCUUCAAGAGAGGAGGCUUGGUGCAGAAGUAUUCCUACCAGUCUGGCAUCAGCCCUACAUGCGGCAGGAAGGUCCACUACUCUGUUCAUACCGUACGCAACCGUGUUGCCAGGCAAGCAGUGCCCCUGCUGGGACAGGAGAUCAACAUCCGUCUGAGCUGGAGAGGCUUCCCGUCCACCGUGACCUCCGCCGUGUCCAUCCCCACCCACAGGAAACCAGAGGGAUACAACUACUACCUCUUCUCACGCUCCAAAUACUACAACGUCAAUAUGGGAGAUGAGCGACCUUUCAUAGCUACUCCCCCGGUGAGCUCCGCUCCCCAGAAGAACUCAGCCAAAGACUUUUUCAACUGUCCAAAGGAAGUUUGAGGAGAAACAGCAGGGACAUUCAAAAACAGAUUCACUGACACACCAUUUUCCUAAUGGAUCUCAAACUUUAUUAGCAUCAUUAUUCAUAAAACCAAUACCACAAUGUUUUAGCAAGGACUCCACGUAACAAAUCUUUAAAAAAUAAUAAUAUUAUUCAUCAUAACAAUGAAAUGAUCAGUGAUCAUCAUAACUACAGCUGAUUCUAAAGCACGAUACAUAAUUUAGAUUUAUGGUAACCGCGGGUGUUCUCUUUGGAACCAUGGUGACCAGUCUUGUAGCGGGAAUAAUGUCUUGUGGAGAUGGAAAUUAUGUUGGGGCAGGAGCUCUGAUCGGUUGUUUAUCGGGCAAAUCUCCUCCCAGUCCCAGUUACACCCCGUGAUGGCAACGUCCCUGGUUCCCAUCAAACGAGACAUAAUGAUAUAAGACAAAGGUCUGCUUUACCAAUGUAAAAACAAGUCAUUCUGAUUCUGUACAGCGCCUGUAUAAUGUAAAGACGAUGCUAAUGUAACAGAUCAUUUUAGAUUAAACGUUUCUCUUCUGUAUUUUUUGACUAUUAAAAUCGAUUUAACAUCAACAAUGAA